AAAUUAAAUAAAUUAAAAAAUCUUUUAUAUAAUAAUUAUAGAGCUUUUUUUGUCUUCUUUUUCUUAUUUCUGAUACUGGUAAUCUAUAUAAAUACUUGGGAAUUUCCGCUUACAGCCCUAAUGGCACAGGCUGGUAAGAAGAUGAGAUUUUAUUAA